GCUAUUCCCGAGCUGGCCGACCUCUGCUCUCCGGUUUUCUGCCUCCGACUCCGCCUCUCUGAGCAGCAACACACGAGCCACCGACUCCCCAGCCUGCCUGCCUGCCGCCACCAAGAAGCCCAAACCGGACUCCACACUUCUGACCCAAUACAUGCCACAUAUACUCCUAAUUUUGCCGAGGAAAAACAAAAAGUUCCACUUGAAAAGUACAACAGGCAGCAGUGACUCCAGUUAGCUGCCCCGGAGAAGUUUUUUCUUCUUCUUUUACCCCCAGUUUUUGGCCCCGCGACGGGGCAGGACAGACGGGACAGGCCUGGGGGGGAAAGGAGAGCGUAUGAUGUGGAUCUGGUACCUUCUGCUUGGUUCGGGGUCAGGCUCAAGAACUGUUGAGAGCCAGCUGCUCCCAGGGAACAACUUCACCACAGAGUGCAACAUCCCUGGAAACUUCAUGUGUGGAGAUGGGAAGUGUGUCCCGGGCGGGUGGCAGUGUGACGGAUUGCCCGACUGCUUUGACAAGAGCGACGAGAAAGGCUGCCCUAAAGUCAAGUCAAAGUGCGCUCCUACAUUCUUCGCAUGUUCUAACGGGGUCCACUGCAUCAUCGGACGCUUCCGAUGUAACGGCUUCAGUGACUGUCCUGAUGGGAGUGAUGAGGAAAACUGCACAGGCAACCCACUGGUGUGCUCAGAGUCUCGCUUCAAGUGUCGAAAUGGCCGAUGUGUAGACCGCAGCUUCUUAUGUAAUGGCCAGGACAACUGUCAGGAUAACAGUGAUGAGGAGCGCUGCCUUACUACAGCAGAAGCUCCUGGGCAGGACUUUGUGACACUGGACUAUCGUCUGCGGUACUACCCGAGCAUCACUUAUGCUGUCAUUGGCAGUGCCGUCAUCUUCGUCUUGGUGGUGGCAUUGCUGGCCUUGGUGCUCCAUCACCAGAGGAAGCGGAGCGUUCUGCUGCCCAGAGGCGUAAGAGGAAGCCUGCAUCACCACCAUCACCACCAGCCCCUGCUGCUGUCCCGUUUGGUCAUCUUGGACCGGGGCCACGUCCAUCCCGGAGGUCCAGGUAUCUCCCCCAGUUCCCCCACCACAGCCGCCCAGUACAGCUCAACUCCUCAGGCGCUGCAGCUGCUGUCUGGGGCCCUGUAUCCCUCCGGACUCUCCAUGGACUCACCUCCAUCAUACUCACAAGCUGUUCUGGAUGUCAGCCGGCCUCCCUGGUUUGAUCUCCCUCCUCCUCCUUACCUCCCAGAUGGGGACCUUCCUUCAGAGGGCGAGCUGCCUCAGUACGAGGCCACACAAGAUCCUUUGAGCCAGCCCACACCCAGAACUGUGGCUUCGGGCACGCAGCCGAGUUCGAACUCCAGAGAGGAGUCGGAGCAGCUGUAGGGGUUCUCUUGAAGACUGUUGAUAUAUAGAACUGAGAGACUGAAGGACCAGGCUGCAGGGCCGCUUGAGGCCAGGACAGUCCACAGCAUUGACCUGCUGAGGAGAAUCAGCGGGGACGAAGAGGCUGCUUUGGCUUACUGAAGCACUGGACUGAGACUAGCUCAUCCUGCUAGACUGAUCUUGUAUGCUGGCUCCACCUGCUGGAGUCAUGGCUGCACUACAUCUUCUUCCAUUAAUAGUUCAUUUCAAUUAAAUUAUGUUCCUCUUGAGGGAAUACUGUGUAUGAUUCUGAACUUCAAAGAAAUAGGAGUUAAACUGUCACAUCAUAUAUGAUAAAAUCGACAAAGUGCAGUCUGUGCUGUGUGUUACUCUGUGGCAGCGCUGGGAGAGCUUUUGUUGUAUUUCUCACUGUCCUUUACAUUUCACAUCUACAACAUUUUCCAUAGUGGGGUUCAUGAGAGAUUUUUAUUGUGUUCAAAUUGUAAAAUACUAGUAAAAUACUAGGCAAAAUCUGUGUUCUUUAAAAUGACUGCUACAUUUGAAGACUCGCUGUAUUUAGAGAAUGUUAGGCUUAUUCUUAUUGAAGUUGAUAUACUUUUAACAAUAAUUCAGUUGUGUAUACUGUAGUGUUGUGGAAGAGUGAAACAUAUUUGGUUGUGAUAUACAAGAGCAGCUCAAUCAGAGGUACAAAGAUUUAAAUCUGUUUUUUCAAUGCUGAUGUGGAAAUGAACUUAUUAUAUGGCUAGAGAAAAUUAACAUGUUCCAACAUUUUAGUGGUACCUCAAACUAAAUCCAUACUAGUGUUUCCACCAAAUUGUUCAGAGAAGUUUAAGAUAUAUUUCUAAAAACUCAGUAGAUGUUUUUGUGCUUUUUCUCACAACUUUUUUCACAGUAUUUCUUGAUCGUCCCUAAUUCCAGAUAAUAAAUGUGAAGAGGACCAUUGCGAUUUAAUGAAAUAAUGCUGAGCAGAAAUUAUAUAAAAUGAUGAUAAGUAUACAUCUAUAUAUCUUUACCAUGUGAUCUUCAAAAAUCAUUCCUCUAAGCAAAAGAACCUCCUCUGUUGGCAAAGAUAAAAUUGUUUUACUACAUUUCUCUCUGAAGACCAAUAAUGUUUUUAUGUCAAGACUAAAAAAGUUAACAGAAAGGAUUUUGUUGAGGCCUUAUUUUGUGCAAGAUUGGUCCCUUGUGCCUUUGUAUGUGUUACGUUUCUGGGCCCAAAUAGCCUAUUUAAAGCCUCUGAAAAAAGUAGCCUGAUCUGGGAUGUAGUAAUAAGGUCACAUGACUACAUACAUUUGAGAAUAUCUUAAAUCCGAUUGGUCAAGUUAUGCUUGAGAUUUUAAAUGUAAAUAUCUUGUGUGUCAUUCAGAAAAAACAGCCUUGGUAGUAUUAAUGACUGAUGAAAUCCAUAUCUGAAGGGUCUGUGUUCAUUUGACCUUUAACAUGGUUCAUCACUGUAAAUAGAAAAUAGGCAAAGUAAAGACAUUUAUUUAAAAGUAGAACAUUUUCAUUUAGUUUAAAGCAAGUUUAAAGAAAGAGAUGAAUGAAGCUGUGCUUACUUUUCUAUUAGAGCCAGUGAUGAUAAUGCAGGCACAAGAAAAACAAUCAAACCAAAGAUAAUCAUUAUUAACCUUCUUUCCAAGGAUAUUACCCUCUAAAGGAAUGAUUAUGUGUCACAACUAUUUGUACAUUUAUUAUAUUCCCCAUUUUUUUUAAAGAUGUAUUGAGUAAAACAGAUUUCAUGUUGCUGUAAAACUGGAAAGCCUUUCUCAGGAUGAAAUUUAUACCAGUCGCUCUUUUCUGUUGUUCAUGUUUUUGUUUUGAUUUUAGAAAUGUUUAAGUUCCAUUUUUUUCUGAUUUGUUCUCAUAUGGUUAACGAUUUACACAUUUGUGACGACAUGAUCUCUUUGUCCUCUGUAUUCUGUCUGUACAUUGAAAGUAAUAUAAAAUUCUGACUCAGA